UUAUCUCCACCCGCAACUUUCACCCCCCGUUUUUUUCCAUUUUCCUGUUUUUCUCCUCCACGUCCCACCCCAGGGGGGUGAGGGAGCCGCUGCCGCUGGUUCUUUGUUCGGGGCUGAGGUUCAAAGGGGCAGCUCCAGGAUUUGGGUGGGGAUUUUCCCCGUCGUUUUUCCGGCUCCGGGUGGAAGGGCCCGCAGCGGUUGGAGAUGGCGGUGACGUUCGAGGAGGUGGCCAUCUACUUCUCCCCCGAGGAGUGGGCCGAGCUGGGGGGCUGGCAGCGGCGGCUCUACCGGGAGGUGAUGCUGGAGAACUACCAGGCGGUGGCCGAGCUGGGCUGGUGCCCCGUCAAGCCGGAGAUCAUCUGCCAGAUGGAGCGAGAAGAGACGCCGUGUGUGCCAGACCCCCCUGGGGCACGGCGCAGCCGCGGGACCCCUGAGCCAGCAGAUGGUGAUGUCUUGCUGCAGAGAGAGGCCAGGAACGUCACCAAAGGGCUGUCAGACCCCACCACCCUGCUCCCGGCCAUGUCCAAGCGAGAUGGGAAGCGAUGGGGAGCCCUCCCAGCCAAGCUGCUGCCGGCCCAUCCAACCUCUGCCACCCCGGGGUCAAAGAGACCCCGUUCCUGCUCCGAGUGUGGGAAGAGCUUCCGCAAGAUCCGGGACCAGAAGAAGCUCCAGCAGACACACACGGUGGCACGGCCCUUCUCCUGCCGGCAGUGCGGCCGCAAGCUUGAGCUGAAGCAGAAGCUGGUGUCUCACCAGAAGGUCCACGGUGGGGAGAAGCCCUUCAGCUGCACCGAAUGCGGCAAGCGCUUUGCCCACAAGUGUAAUCUCCUGAUCCACCGGGGCGUGCACACCGGGGAGCGUCCCUUCACCUGUGGUGACUGCGGCCGUCGCUUCAGGGUGAAGUACCACCUGAACCGCCACCAGCGGGUCCACACCGCGGAACGUCCCUUCGCCUGCCCCACCUGCCCCAAGACCUUCAAGGACAAGCAGACCCUCAAUGCCCACCAACGCAUCCACAUGAGGAAGCACCCCUUUGCCUGCCCCACCUGCCCCAAGACCUUCAAGGACGAGCGGACCUUCAGUGUCCACCAACGCGUCCACCAACGCAUCCUCCAACGCACCAAGGAGCGCCCCUUCGCCUGCCCUUUCUGCUCCAGGGCCUUCAAGGACAAGGACACCCUCACCAUCCACAUGUGCAUUCACACCGGGAAGCCACCCUAUGCUUGCACCUACUGCCCCAAGGUUUUCAAAAAUAAGAGGGGCCUCACUGACCACCGUCGGGUCCACACUGGGGAGCGCCCCUUCGCUUGCACCCACUGCCCCAAGGCCUUCAAGUACAGGAGGACUUUCAGGAACCACCAGUGGGUUCACACCAAGGAGCGCCCCUUCGCCUGUGACAGUUGCCCCAAGGCCUUCAAGAACAAGCAGGCCCUCACUGAGCACCAGUGGGUCCACACCACAGAGCGCCCCUUCACCUGCAACAGUUGCCCCAAGGCCUACAAGAACAAGAGGGCCCUCAACAUCCACCUACAGACCCACACUGAGGAGGGCCCCUUCCCCUGUGCCCGUUGUCCCAAGACCUUCAGAAACAAGAAGGCCCUCAGUGAACACCAGCGGGUCCACUCGGUGGAGCGCCCCUUCGUCUGCCCCCACUGCCCCAUGGCCUUCAGGAACAAGGUAACCCUCACCGACCACCUGCGGGUCCACACCGGGGAGCGCCCCUUCUCCUGCCCCCAUUGCCCCAAGGCCUUCAAGCACAAGAAGGCCCUCACCAUCCAUAAGAGGGUCCACACCGGGGAACGCCCCUUCGCCUGUGAUGGCUGCCCCAUGGCCUUCAGAGACAAGCAGACCCUCACCAUCCACCAGCGGGCCCACACGGGCGAGAGACCCUACAAGUGCAGCGAGUGUGGCAAGACCUACGUCCGCAAGGAAGGGCUGAAAUGUCACGUGUGUGUGCACCACGUCCCGCAGGCAGUGCCUGAGGGUGGACAUUGGGAAGAGGGUGGUCCAUCUUUGGCAGGAGAUGUGGGCGAAGGCCAAGACCUUCCAGUUGGGCAGCUGUGAGGAGCAGUUUCGGGAUGAGGGGAUCAUGCUGGAUCACCAGGGCACCCACGGCACCCCCUAAACCAUGGCUGCCUCUGCAGCCGGACACCCCUGGAACCUCUGUUAUGGGGCUCAUGGCUCGUCCUGGCUCAGCACUCCUCACCUUUCUCAGAAACUUCUUCUGCUGUGUUACACCACACGAUGAUCAUUGCUGGACUGCUGGUGUUCUGGAGCAGCCACUCUCCUGAAAAACUCCUUUCUUCCAUCUGCUUUACCUUCCGACUCAAGCACAAGUGCUUGUAGGACCGGGGUAGGGGUUUUUUGUCUCAUUUACUCAUGUCCUCUCCAUAGUUGCAGAGGCAAAGCCACAGGAGAUCUCAGAGCGGGGUCCUGUGCCUCUUGAAUGGGUUUUGUAGGAGGGUGUUUUUUUUUUCUUAAUGGCUGAGAUGUGGGUCCGUUCGGGGGAAAAGCGGGAUCCUUUCUCCAUCCCCGACAGGUUUUCAAACAGUUUAUCAUUAUUCUUAGCUAUUUCUUCGUUUUGCUCCGCUGCUGUCUUGGUGAUUUCCUCUAUUUUCUCAUCGUUUUUUCCACGGCGGCCCCAGGGAGGGCAGGAGAGAGACUCUUCCUUCUGCUCUACCCUGUAGCCACGUCAUUUACUGUUGGUGCCUCAGCGUCGGGUCCUCCCCGGAGCGUUGCUGACCAUGUGUGGGGACACAUCGAUGGCAGACUCUGCGUAAACUUCCCCAGUAAAGAUUGUUUGCAUGACG